GAAAAACAUCGCACGAUUUUAUUUUGACAUUAUUUUUUGAUGAUGCAUCAUCAGAUGCAAAAAAUAUCAUCCUGCAGCAGUUGAACCAUUUUAAACGCACCGCUUCACGUAUUAAUGUAGCACCAGCGCAAGUGAAUAAAAGUUUUAAAACGAGAAGUGUUGAUCGUGGAAUUAACGGCAAAGGAGAAAAAUGAUAAGCCCAGAUCCGGAGUAAAUGCAGUGUCCAAAUAUUUUUGUUGCGUAGGCAGAUUUUCCCAGUGAUUAUAUUUAAAGAUGAACCUUUUGGAUAACAACCCGUACGGGAAUGGGCUGCUGUCUGCUGGCUUCAACCAAGACCAAGGCUGCUUCGCAUGUGCUACAGAUAACGGAUUCCGGGUGUACAAUACCGAUCCACUGAAAGAGAAAGAACGUCAAUACUUUUCAGAUGGCGGAGUUGGUCAUGUGGAGAUGUUAUUCCGGUGCAAUUAUCUGGCCCUAGUUGGGGGCGGAAUUCGUCCCCUAUAUCCCCCGAACAAGGUGUUCGUUUGGGAUGAUCUUAAAAAAGCCCCGGCUAUUUCGCUGGAUUUCAAUGCACCAGUUAAAAGUGUCCGCCUGCGGAGGGAUCGCAUAGUGGUCGUGCUGGAGGGUAUCAUCAAAGUCUACACCUUCACGCAAACUCCACAACAGCUGCAUGUAUUUGAAACCAGCCAAAACCCCCAGGGCCUGUGUGUGCUUUGUCCAAAUAGCAACAAAUCGUUGCUAGCAUUUCCUGGCCGAAGAACAGGUCACGUGCAGAUUGUCGACCUAGCUAAUACCGAGAAGGCCCCACAGGAGAUUGUCGCCCACGAAACUGCAAUCAGCUGCAUUGCAUUAAAUCUACAAGGAACAAGACUAGCCACGGCAAGCGAUCGGGGCACGCUGAUCCGAAUUUUUGACACGUCAAACGGCUCCAAGGUUGCAGAAUUGCGGCGGGGUUCGAAUCAGGCAAAAAUCUAUUGCAUUAACUUCAACCAUCAGUCAACGGCCAUUGUUGUAUCAUCUGAUCACGGCACAAUCCACGUAUUCAACUUGGAUGAACCGAAGACUAAGGAGUCGUCCAGUUUGCUGACGAAAUAUUUCACCAGUCAAUGGUCGUUUUGCAAGUUUUCGAUUCCGCAAGGUCCACCAUGCAUUUGCGCAUUCGGAUCCGAAAACAAUUCAGUGAUAGUGAUAUGCGCAGAUGGACAUUACUAUAAAUUCGUCUACAAUAGCAAGGGCGAAUGUAGCCGAGAAGUUUGCUCUCAGUUCUUGGAAAUGACCGACGAUCAAACAUAAGAAAUCUCCGAAUAGUUCUGGUUCUCGGAAAGAACUGAGCAGUGAUGAGCAUGCAAUCUUGGUGUCUUCAGAAAUGGAUUCUUUUAACGUAAAAGCAACUUACUCUGUCUGCCGGAAGCAAAAGUGGCUUUAUUUUAGAUUUUAUAUUUUGUUUUCGAUCAAAUCUUGUCUGGAGCUGGAGAAUCGAAAAAAAUAUCUUUCUAAUAUACAGCAGGUUAUAUUGAGCAUUAUCAUAAAUGUAGUUAAUCAAACCUAAUUAUUGUACGCAAUAGAGGGUACAAAAAUUCUAUUGAACUACGUUAUUCAAUAAAUAUUUUUAUUGGACAA